GGGGGGGUAGGAGGGGUGCCUGGUCCCAGGCCCGUCCUAGGCCGUCCCAUCAAUUCUCUUAUCCCUCUGGGCUGGACUGGCCUCUCCCCAGUUCAUUCACAGUUAUCCCCCAGUACGCGUUUUCUAGAUGAGACCACGGUGGGGGGUGGGGGAGGGGGCUGGGAGUGGGAAAGUAACUUGCCCAACCUCUUCGUUUCUAUGAGCAAGUCCUCCCGACUUUCAUUCACUGCUUGGGCGGGGCCUUCCCUCCCCCUUGAGCGGGUCUCUGGGUGAGGAUUCCCCUGAUUCCUGGCUUCCAUAAGCCCCUCCCCUGUAGUUUCUGCUUCUCAUGCUGUCUUGCUUCUGUCCUUUCAGGUGGGUUAAAGCUCAUUUUGAAGAAUGGCCCCUGAGGAAGACCCUGGGAGGGAGCUGAAUCUGCCUUAGCCCCUCCAGGGGGCCCUUGCAGGGUCCCUUCCCCUCCCACGGGCGGACUUCCUCUCCACAACAGGUUCAGGGUGGGUCCCUGGCCCUGUACCCUUAAGCCUUCUGCUAACCCCUUCUCCCCAAAGAGGAGCCCCACCUCCUCAGAACAAGGGGCUGGACUGUGCUAUUUCUGUCCUUUCUGGGAUUCUUCUGAGAACAGAUUCUUGUUUUCGGUCUGAUUCAGAUGUGAAACUUUUCCCGUGGCCUCUCACCCAGUUGCUGUGGGCUGCUUCUCUGUCUCAUCACUCCCUUCUUCCUCCCGUCAGGCCCCUCCUGUUCCCCUCCCCAAAGUUCUCUCUGGUCAGUCGCUCAGUUCUGCCGAGACCUGGAGGAGGAAGUUGGGCCCAAGAGGGAGUCAUUCCCCUCAGGGGCCCUGGGGCCCUGGGGGCGGCAUUUUGAUAACUCUGAAGUAGGACACUUUGAUUCCCAUGGCAAACCCUGUUCCUGUGCAAAGGAGCCACCUCCAGGUCCCCAUCCUCAGGCUGCGCUACAUGGUGAAGCAGUUGGAGAAUGGGGAAGUGAACAUCGAGGAACUGAAGAAAAACCUGGAGUACACAGCUUCUCUCCUGGAGGCCGUCUAUAUAGACGAGACACGGCAAAUCUUGGACACGGAGGACGAGCUGCAGGAGCUGCGGUCGGAUGCUGUGCCUUCGGAGGUGCGGGACUGGCUGGCCUCCACCUUCACGCAGCAGGCCCGGGCCAAAGGCCGCCGCGCGGAGGAGAAGCCCAAGUUCCGCAGCAUCGUGCACGCCGUGCAGGCUGGCAUCUUUGUGGAACGGAUGUUCCGGAGAACGUAUACCUCUGUGGGCCCCACCUAUUCCACUGUGGUCCUCAACUGUCUCAAGAACCUGGACCUCUGGUGCUUUGACGUCUUCUCCUUGAACCGGGCAGCAGAUGACCACGCCCUGAGGACCAUUGUUUUUGAGUUACUGACUCGGCAUAACCUCAUCAGCCGCUUUAAGAUUCCCACUGUGUUUUUGAUGACUUUCUUGGAUGCAUUGGAGACAGGCUAUGGGAAGUACAAGAACCCUUACCACAACCAGAUCCAUGCAGCAGAUGUUACCCAGACAGUCCAUUGCUUCUUGCUCCGCACAGGGAUGGUGCACUGCCUGUCCGAGAUCGAGGUCUUAGCCAUCGUCUUUGCUGCAGCCAUCCAUGACUAUGAGCACACAGGCACGACCAACAGCUUCCACAUCCAGACCAAGUCAGAAUGUGCCAUCUUGUACAAUGAUCGCUCCGUGCUGGAGAAUCACCACAUCAGCUCUGUCUUCCGAAUGAUGCAGGAUGAUGAGAUGAACAUUUUCAUCAACCUCACCAAGGAUGAGUUUGUAGAGCUACGGGCCCUGGUCAUCGAGAUGGUGUUGGCCACAGACAUGUCCUGCCAUUUCCAGCAAGUGAAGUGCAUGAAGACGGCCUUGCAGCAGCUGGAGAGGAUUGACAAGUCCAAGGCCCUGUCUCUCCUGCUCCACGCUGCUGACAUCAGCCACCCAACCAAGCAGUGGUCAGUCCACAGCCGCUGGACCAAGGCCCUCAUGGAGGAAUUCUUCCGCCAGGGUGACAAGGAGGCAGAGCUGGGCCUGCCCUUCUCUCCACUGUGCGAUCGCACGUCCACUCUGGUGGCGCAGUCCCAGAUUGGCUUCAUUGACUUCAUCGUGGAGCCCACCUUCUCUGUGCUGACCGAUGUGGCUGAGAAGAGCGUCCAACCGCUGGUGGAUGACGACUCCAAGUCUAAAAACCAGCCCAGCUUCCAGUGGCGCCAGCCUUCUCUGGAUGUGGAAGUGGGAGACCCCAACCCUGAUGUGGUCAGCUUCCGCUCUACCUGGACCAAAUACAUUCAGGAGAACAAGCAGAAAUGGAAGGAACGGGCAGCAAGUGGUAUCACCAACCAGAUGUCCAUUGACGAACUGUCCCCCUGUGAGGAAGACACCCUGCCCUCCCCUGCUGAAGAUGAACACAACCAGAACGGGAAUCUGGACUAGUCUGGGACUGGCCCUGGUCCUCAGUGAGUCCAAAGUGUUCGAUGUCAUCAGCACCAUCCAUCGGGACCGGCUCCCCCAUCUGCUCCAAGGGAGCACGGAGGUUGAGGAACAGACAACCCACCCGAAGGCCAAAUGCCAGAGAUUGUGGGGUUGGGGGAAGGGCCCCUCCCCACCUGACACCCAUUGGGGCACACUUCAAUUUCCCAGCAGCAAGACUGGGGAACUUUAGGGUCCCAAUGGUCACUGUGCCCAUCCCCCUGCCUCUGGACUUGCCCCACCCCCUCCGUGGCCAGAUGGCAGGCUGGGGGAGGGGAGCUUCGGAGGCUUCCCAGGGCCCAGAGGGGAGGGUCAGAGAUGCCAGCCCCCAGGCCCUCCCCCAUCCUUUUUGCCUCCAAGUUUCUAAGCAAUACAUUUUGGGGGGUUCCCUCAGCCCCCCCCAGAUCUUAGCUGGCGGGUCUGGGUCCCCCUUUUCCUCCCCUGGGAGGGGCUGGAAUAGGAUAGAAAGCUGGGGUUUUUCAGAGCCCUAUGUGUGAAGAGGGGAGUGGGCUCCUUCAGGGCAUGAUACCUUUCUAGGGCCUGGGAAUGGGGGGGGAUAUCCUCUUUACCCCAGACCUAUACUGCUUCAGCGCCAUCCUCCCCCCCCCCCCCCCCGCCCCCCAUCCCAAUCUUCCCUCCCUCCCAUUCUGAAAUGUCGACUGGGGGAAAAGACGAGGCCUUCCCUGGGGUCCUCAAGAAUUUGGGAUUGGUCUAGGCCCUUGGGGCUUAUCACUUACCUACCCUGGCUGUCCUGAGCCCUUUGCCUCCUUCCCCUCCCCUGGGGCCAGGAGGCUCCCAUCCGACCAAUGUCUGUAAAGUGCUUUGAGGUCUCCCCAGCAAAGCACCUUCAGGAUGCAUCUUAGGAGCACAGGCAGGAGAGACCAGCUGGGUUGGGGUCAAGGGUGCACGGGGAGGGUGACGUAGAAUCCAGUAAUCUUGCACUGCUAACAGAGAGGGUCCCUCCCCUCCCUCCCCUUUCCAGCACCUGCCCAGCUGCAGACACCAAGAGGCCCCUCCCCCGGGACAAGUGGAGGGUGGUGGGUGGAAGGCAGAUGGGAGGGACUCAGGGCUGCUGCCGGGUGUCCCCUGAAGACAGCCCAGCCAGGCCCUGUGCCCCUUCCUCUCCUCAGGCUCCUUGAGCCGCCUUGUCCCAGGAAAGGUCCAAGUCCAGGUGACUGCCCUCCUCCUUUCUUGUAAAUACCAACCAUGCAUUUGUACAGUGGGCCCUGUUCGUGUGAAGUCCAUAUCCAUGGUCUCUCAGACCUGCCACCCUGACACUUGUCCCUCCUACCCCACCCCGAGUGGGGCAGAGACGCAUGUGACUCACCCCUGCCCUGGGUCUCCCAGAACCCUGCUAUAGCCAGAGAUCAAUAAAGAAGGGAGACCA